UAUCAGUUCAAAUUGAGCAGCUGUUUUGAACUCACGAUAUUUUGCGGGUGCAAAGGUGAAAAAAAAUGUUGUUUGAAAUGGAUUCAAAGACCAGAUGAGACAAGUUUAGUUGACAAUAUGACAAGCAUCAAGGAUUAUAGGCCAUCGGCUAGUUUAAUCCUAGCUGGCAAACAGACAUUUCCAGACAGCGAACAAUAUGAUUAUAGCGUUUUGUUAAUAAAGCGCACGGAACGCACAUCUUUUGCCCUCAAUCACUGCGUCUUUCCUGGCGGCGUCUUUGACCUCGAGGCAGAUGAAUCCAACGAUUGGUUGGAUUAUCUACACAGCUCUGGCGUCCAAGACUUCCAACUGGAGUUGCUACAUAGUUCCCAAACCUCUGAGAGACCAGAGCUCAUGACUCAAGGUCGAAAUUUUACGCGCGACAUCUCUUUGCGUCUCACUGCCCUGCGUGAAGCUUUCGAGGAAGUUGGUAUUCUUCUCUGCCAGCCCCGAUGUUCUGUAAAGAAUUUGACGAACACUACCCAUGCAGCUCAUGUUCUGCUACAGCCAUUUGACCGUGAGCUGUGGCAACACCGCGUUCAUCAAGAUGCAAAACAGUUUUUGCAACUGUGCCGUUACUUAGACGUCAUACCUGAUCUCUGGGCCUUAAGCGAAUGGUCUGUUUGGCGUACUCCCGCCUCGGCAACGAGGAAAUACGAUUUGGUAUAUUAUUUUGCAGCCUUGGAGUCGAGCAAUGUACCACUGCUACCCGAACCCACUGAAGUGGCAUCGGUUCAUUGGCUGCAUCCAGGCGACUGCUGGCGACAGUCACAAGAAUCCAUCAUUUGGCUGCCAUUUAUGCUGCUCUAUGAGACAGCAAGACUCAUGAACAUGCAGAAUUGGAAGCAGCUGCUACAAUUUGCUAGUCAACGGAGCAGUCGUGGUUCAACGCUGUUUCAACCAAUUUAUUACCGCUGUGAUGGAUGUUUGUUUGGCGUUUUGCCCGGCGAUGAGCUUUACCUGGACCAGCCGCAAAAUUAUACGGAGUCAAUCAUAUUACCGGAUUCCAUUAAGGAAGUUAAUCGACGUGCAAAGCACUAUCAUCGUUAUAUCAUUUACGAUUUUCAUCGAGUCGAUUUGGCAUGCAAUAUACAACCAGUUGAUGAGCAUUUGCCAAUUCAAGCUCUGGUCAACACUCAGCUAGCUAAAUUGUAAAACUUUUUACACUCUUCACCACUUUUAGCUCUAACCAUUUAAGAUGCAUUUUACAGUUCAGUCAUUAAGGCAGUAAUUCACAAAAGUUUGUGUGUAAAUAUUCAGCGUAACGGGGCAGUAAACAUUUAGGUAGUUAUCCUAAAAUUACUA